AUGGCGGGAGGUCUCACCAAGUACAGGCACUUGAGCCGCAACUCGUCGGCGCGACAGGCCCUCCUCCGCGGCCUCGUCACCUCCCUCGUGACCCACGAGCACAUCCAGACCACCUACGCCAAGGCGAAGGAGGCCCAGCGCAUGGCCGAGAAGCUCAUUACUCUCGCGAAAAGGAACAACGAGGAGACCAAGCGGAAGGUCCAGGCCAUGCUCUACACCCCCCACGACCUUCUCCCCAAGGUCUUUGGCGAGCUGCGCGAACGCUACGCCAAGCGCCCCGGAGGCUACACCCGUGUCCUCCGCACCGAGCCCCGAAAUAGAUACGACCAGGCUCCUUCCGCCAUCCUCGAGCUCCUCGAUGGGCCGCGUGAUAUCCGCUUCGCCAUGACGGCCAAGGCUGUCGCCAGGGACAUGAAGAAUGGCAACGAAUCUACCGAGCUUACCCUUAAGAACAAGCAGAAGGUGACGAGGUAUCGCAAGGACGGCAAUCAAGCCUUUGACGCCUUGGUGAAAAGGUUCAACGAGCAUCCACCAACCAAGCAAAUCAGACUGGGAAAACCUUACAAAAAGAAACGUGGACGCAUCCCAGGAUCCAGGAGAGCGAAAAAGGAAACAGUCAAGGCUGAGGGUUCGUCAGGACCUGACCUGGACUUGAGGCAGUGA